AUGCCUAAACAUCAUCGAAGCGCAAGUGGAUCUCACCACAACUACGCAAAUCAGCUGUCGACCGCCAUGACUACAUCUCCUAUGUAUGCACAACAGUCCCAGCGCAUACAGGUCCCUCCUAGCUAUUACACUAUCCCCCCUGGUCCAGACUCGACCUCCAUGCAGAUGCCCCCGACUCAACAGGAGUCAUAUGAAGCGUACACAACCGAAGCAACUGCUUUACCGCAAACCCAGCUUCGGGCUUCUUCUGGAGCUUGGAGUGCGAGCGAUGACUCAAGGCUUGUCCAAGCCAGAGCUCAGGGACUGAAUUGGGGACAAAUCAAAGACGCAUAUUUCCCUACCAAGAGCGCCAACGCAUGCCGGAAGCGCCACGAACGUCUUAUGGAACGCAAAGGUGCUGAUGACUGGGAUACCCGCAAGUAUCAACAGCUCGCUAAAGAGUACAUGGGCAUGAGAAAAGAGAUCUGGAGCGGACUUGCUGCUCGAACUGGAGAAAAAUGGAACGUGGUGGAAGCCAAGUGCAUGUCAAAUGGCUUGAAGAAUCUACAAGCUGCUGCUCGGCAGGCUUCGCGACGCGAACGCCUUGAGACUGGCUCUCAUAUCACAGGGUAUGACGACGAUAGCGGCAUUUCCGGCAUCGGCCUGACUCCUGUUGAUGAACUAGACGCAUCCUACAGCAGUCCUGAGACGGGCUCAUCGGUCGGCGCGGCGCAUUCCUUCUCAUCGGGCUCUGCCACCUCCGGUGUUGGCUACCACCUACAAGGACAUGCAACGACUCACACGCACUUACACCCGGUCGGUGGCAACGGUGACCAGAGUUCCUACGCCCUUGGUCCAUAUGGUGCUUCCUACGGCGGACAGCACGGAUAUUCUUCGAGUGUCAGCUCAUCGGCGAGUAUGGGGCAUCGGUAUGCCUCGCGAGGAAACAGUCCUUAUAUGGACUCGCAAAGACUAUCGAAUGCGGACAUGGGCAUUGACAGUUUGAUCAACCGAUCCAGUGGCCGCCGGCCUUAA